ACGCAUGCGCACUUACACACUUGGAGAGGUCCCGAGCAGACGUCCUUAUGUGUGGAUGGGAGCAAAGUUACACCGCGACCUCUCAAAGCUCGGCCAUGUUGACCAGUGAGGGGGCGCACACCGUGGAGCAGGACGACGCCCACCGCGCCGCCAAGACGGCCGCCGCCGCUGGCUCGGACGGCGCCGAGACGGCCAGCGACUCCGAAGUGGACAUGGACGCCGACGAGGCGGACAUGUCUCGCUGGACGGAGGCGGAGUUUGAGGAAAAGUGCACGUACAUCGUCAAGGACACCAUGUGGGAGGCGGGGCCUGACGCCGAGGCCGCCGCCAACGUCACCAGGGCUGAGGCCUCGCUGCCCCGGAACCUGGGGUUCAAACACACGGCAGACGGCAAGGAGGUGGUGGGUGUGUGCAGCAGAGAGUACAUCCCCAAAGGAACACGCUUCGGCCCCCUGGUGGGUGAGAUCUACACGGCCGACAGCGUCCCCAAAGACGCCAACCGCAAGUACUUCUGGCGGAUCUACGCAGACGGCGACUUCCGCCACUUCGUGGACGGCCUGGACGAGACGCGCUCCAAUUGGAUGCGCUACGUUAACCCCGCCCACUCGGCGGGCGAGCAGAACCUGGCGGCGUGUCAGAACGGCAUGGAGGUCUACUUCUACACCGUCGGAGCCAUCCCCGCCGGCGCCGAGCUGCUGGUGUGGUACUGCCACGACUUCGCCCGCCGCCUGCACUACCCGCCCUCCGGGGAGCUGAUGAUGCAGAGACUCAAGCAGUCGCUGCUGGAGGUCAAGCAGCAGGCGAGCGGCGGCGAGCACGCGGCCCAGGCAUCGGGACCCUCGCCGCACGCCGCAGCCGCCGCCACCCCCAAGGCCCCCAAGAAGGAGCACAGUGUCCAGUCCAUCCUGCGCGGCAGCAACAGCGAGUCUUCCGCCCGGCCGCGCUGCGCCUACAGCCCCGAUCGCCCCCUCUACCCCCGCGCCCUGUACCCGCCUCUAAGGGGCCACGUCGGCGAGGACUUUCUCAAAGCGUUCCCCCGCUCCCCUGGCAACCAGUCGUCGGCCACGCCCAGCCCGUCAGCGAGGAGCAGCCCCGAGAGCAGCCCCCGAGGGAGCCCGUCCACUCCUGCGGCAGCUUCGUUUUUCCCUGGAUUGGGUCCCUACCCCAGCUACUCACCGCCAUCCGCCCCUCUGUCACCCUUCUACGCCCCAGCUGCGCCAUACUCACGUUACCUCCUGCCCCACCACUAUCCCCUGCCCGGCAGCAGCGUCCCCGCCGUAGGGAACAUCUACCCCAGGAUGUACCCCCUCUACAGCAACCUCCUUCCCCCACACAUGCCCCUACUCCCAUCAGACGCAGCUGGGAGGCGCUUCCUUAUGUCUGACUCCACCCAGCCAUCCUCCAUCCCGGCCCACAGGGACUUCCUCCUGCCAGGACCCACUAGUGCCUUCUCGGCCGCCACUUCUCUCAAGGACAAGGCGGGCCCGCACCACAACUAUGCCGGGCACCCGCACCCUUCUGGGCACGCUCCCUCCAACGGAUCCCCCACCGCAGGUACGGCGCCGCCCAGUGAGCGGGCACCCACCAAGCCUACCUCCGCCCUCCUGGGUGAGCCCAUUUCCGACGAGGAAGCGAUGAACCUGAGCAAGGUGAAGCGGGGCGUGAACUCGGCGGGCUACAAGGCGCUGCCGUACCCGCUGAAGAAGCACAACGGCAAGAUCAAGUACGAGUGCAACAUCUGCAGCAAGACUUUUGGACAGCUGUCAAACCUCAAGGUUCACCUCCGAGUCCACAGCGGCGAGCGCCCCUUCAAGUGUCAGACAUGCAACAAGGGCUUCACGCAGCUGGCUCACCUGCAGAAACACUACCUGGUCCACACGGGCGAGAAGCCGCACGAGUGCCAGGUGUGUCACAAGCGCUUCAGCAGCACCAGCAACCUCAAGACUCACCUGCGCCUCCACUCGGGCGAGAAGCCAUACCACUGCAAGCUCUGCCCCGCCAAGUUCACCCAGUUUGUGCACCUCAAGCUCCACAAGCGCCUGCACUCCCGCGAGCGGCCGCACAAGUGCCCGCAGUGCCACCGCCACUACAUCCACCUGUGCAGCCUGCGCCUCCACCUCAAGGGCUACUGCCCGGCCUCGCCCGCCCCCCGCCGGACCCCCCCGGACGAGGUGCGGCGCGCCAACGAGGAGAUCGAGCGCUUCGACAUGAGCGAGCACGCCGAGCAGCUGGAGCAGCUGCGCGGCGGCGUGGAGCUGGAGGCCGUGCUGGAGAAGCAGGUCCUGGGGAUGCUGUGGCGAGACGGCGAGUGCCCGACGGCGGCCCGCUUCAGGGGCGGCGAACUUCCCUACGAGGAGACGUCGGUCAUCAAGAUGCGGCCGCUCGUCGUGAAGCAGGAGAGCGAGGAUCACGUGUAGAUAAAUACACAACCACUUCCUGGGGCGCUGGCGGCCAUCAGGAGGCCUUCAGGGACUCGCCACUCAGGGCUGAACUUUGACAAUCACCGAGCGUCUUCUUCCCGUCCAAAUGUAGCCUCUUAAUUUAUUAGCGGGACCACGUCUUUGCCUCUCGUCUCCGCCUCACACGCUCCAAAAACCGCGAGAGGAACUCCGCCUCCACGCCGGCGUUUCCCAAAGUGUGACUGCGUCUUUUUUCCCCGCGCCUGCUUAAUUUAAAUGAAAGGAACAAAGGGCGGUGUGUGUGUGUGUGUGUGUGUGUUUGUGUCUCACAACAGUUACCUCAGUGUGUGUGUGAAGGGAAGGCUGACGACGGAUCGUUGUAUUUAUUUGCUCCUCGGCGAGGCGGAGACGGCGCCGAGCAGCGAGCGGCGUGCGGCUGGUCAACAUGUAGCACGACGUGUUUUGUCGUUUUUAUUUUUGGAUUUCAAAGUCCCCCGCCAGCGACUUCCACUCGACACGAGAAACCAAAGUUCACUGGACUGGAAGGAAAACGGGAAGAAUGUGAAAGGAAAGGGAUGAAGUCGUCGGGGGGCGGAAGGAGCGAAGACUUUGGCUGUUUGGUCCGUAGCCCCGCCCACACAAGCACGUCUCUAUGCACUGGCCCCGCCCACUACUCCUCCACUGUGUGCAGCUUCUUCUUUUUUUUUUCCUUCCUCUUUCGGAAUGGUGGACUCCGCCUGAGUCUCUCCGAGCUUUAACGACUGUCUCUGUUUACAUUCUGGUUUACAAAAGUUAUUUAUGUGCAAAAAUGUCCAAAUGUGUAAAUUAUGAUAACUAUAAAUGUUCACUGCCUUUCAUCUA